AUGGCUUCGCUUCGGCCGUUGGGCGCCUCUUUGCGCCUCGCCGCCGCUGCGAGCAGGACGACGGUGCGACACAGCUCGUCCAGCAGCUCGACCUCUGCCAUCGCCUACAAGGCUCUGCGACGCCGCUCGGCUCCCCUGCCCACCACUGACUCUCCUCCGGCAUGGUCAGCCCAGGCCGCCGUCUCCAACAUUCUGUAUGAGAUGCCCACGCCGUCCAUGGCGCCCCCGAAGCGUCACAUCCUCAACUGUCUGGUCCAGAACGAGCCUGGUGUGCUGUCUCGUCUUUCGGGUAUUCUCGCCGCUCGAGGCUUCAACAUUGACUCGCUGGUCGUGUGCAACACCGAAGUGGAAAACCUGUCCCGUAUGACCAUUGUCCUGACUGGUCAGGACGGCGUUGUCGAGCAGGCCAGACGUCAAUUGGAAGAUCUGGUGCCUGUCUGGGCCGUCUUGGACUACAGCAAUGCUGCUCUGGUCCAGCGUGAGCUGCUCCUCGCCAAGGUCAACAUUCUUGGACCCGAGUUCUUUGAGGAACUGCUGGCCCACCACCGCGAGAUGAGCAACGGCGAGGUAGAGGGCAGCGAGUUUGAGCGAACACUUGAGGAAUCGGCCAAGGACUUCCACCCUAGCAAGCUGGCUGCCAGUGAGGCCCUCCGACACAAGCACGAGCACUUGAAGACCAUCACCUACUUUACGCACCAGUUUGGAGGCAAGGUGUUGGAUAUUAGUACUACGAGCUGCAUCGUUGAGGUUUCUGCCAAGCAGUCGAGAAUCGAUUCAUUUUUGAAGCUUGUUGCUCCCUUUGGAAUCCUCGAGUCUGCCCGUACCGGUCUGAUGGCCCUGCCCAGAUCACCCCUGUAUGAGCAUACCGAAGAGCCUCUUCACAAGGAUGCUGAAGAGGUUGUUGAUGCCAGCCAGCUUCCUCCCGGUUAA